AUGUUAACCCAAGUACAAUUUACACCUACGCCUGAAUAUAAAACUGUAUUACUUGGAAAUGGCAGUGUUGGAAAAAGUGCUCUAGUUAAGAAGGAAAUUGCCAUUGACGGGACGAUUUGUAUAGUAAAAGUCCUUGACAUCGCUGGAACUAUAAGUUUUGAUUCCAUUUACAUUGCUAAUUCCUCAUUCGAAAGCCAGGAAUGUUCGAGCAAUGCGCGAUUUAUACACAAAAAUGGCGAUGGCUUCAUUGUAAUGUAUUCACUUAUUGAUGCUGCAACUCUUACAGAUACGACUUAA